AUGUCGACGAAUGACUAUGUAUUUCCGUCUGACAUAUUCUUGCUCAAAGGAAAGAUCUUUCAUGAUUUUCUUGAGACUACUUUUAGCACUGAACUAAAAGAACUUGCUCGUUUACAAGGUUUCUCAUCUGCUGGUUCUCUUCUUUAUUCUAAACGAAAUAUCCUCGACUUUCUUCUGAUCGAAUCUAACGAUCCAAAUCUCAAUCAUCUGAAACAAUUAGCCGCUUUUCGUGGCAGCAACGGAGCCUGGAUGGUCAAAGUCGGCAUUCAGUAUGAUGUAGACUGCCUCAUGUCAAAUCUUCGUCGCGUUGAGCAUCAAGAACGGAAAGCUUCUUCUGAUGGUUCGAUUUUAGUAUCAAGUACUAUCCUCUCGCGUUUCCCAUGGUUAGAAUCGCUUAUUACGUUUUGUCAAAGCUCAAUGUUCGUGAAUGAUCGGAAUGACUUAACGUUUCUAUCAGUAUUCGUCGAAAAUAUGGCAAAUAAUCUAACGAAAUCACCUUAUCAUAAUCGGUACGCGCGAGUUAUUGAAGAAUUUGCAUUCGUUCUAUAUGUCUUCGGUGGUCGACAAGCAUAUGAAUUUGUUCGGAUCAAUCUUCCAGGAAGUCUACCUUCUAUGUCCACGCUAUCAAAACUUUUCAAUGAAAAUAAAGAACAGCUUAGAGAAGGUGAAUUUCGCUUCGACUCAAUGAAGAAUCAUUUGGAAUCAAUGAACGUCAAGUACGCAUUUGCCUCGGAAGAUUGUACUGGAGUUGUACAAAAGGUAUCCUAUGAUCGUGAAUCCAAUUCGUUCAUUGGCUUUACUCUUCCACUUCAUCAUAGUGGUUUUCCACAAUCAUCAGCAUUCCAUAUUGAGACGUUCUCUGAUCUUGAGGCGACCUUUAGAAAUGAAAAACUAUCAUCUCUACUGAAUAUACACGCAAUACAACCUAUUACUCGCCACGGUCAAGAUUCUUCGCCUUUCUUCCUUUCUGCCUAUGGAACAGACAACAAAUUUGACUCAUAUCAUCUAAUCAAUCGGUGGCUAAAAAUUUUCGACGAAUCUCUCAAACGUGGUGUUCGAAUCAUUGGUUUUUCUACAGAUUGUGACGCACGGUAUUUACGCACAAUGCGUAUAAUGACAAAUUUUUUCGCUUCGCUUCCAUAUUUCGAUUUUCGUGAACGUGCCGAUGUUUUCAAAGUUAAUCUACCUGUUGAAUGGAACUGGUUUUAUCUUGAUUCAACGCAACUAUUUUUGGUUAUUCCGGAUCCCAUUCAUCUAGCAACGAAAAUCCGCAAUAGAAUGCUUUCUUCUACAACGACUUUACUAAUGGGAAAUCAACUCGUAUCUACUGAUGUGUUACAACAGAUUCUAUCAUCAUCUUCUAAAUUAUUUCACGGCUUAGUAUCUUCCGACUUAAAUCCGCGAGAUCAUCAGAAUUAUGCAUCUUGUUUCAGAAUGACCCGUGACGAAAUUUUUCAAGCAUUUGAACAUAUUCACAAUUCAAACGCAACUGCCAUAUAUGUCAAACUACUCCGUUGUAUUAUUGAUGCAUAUAUCGAGAAAUCAACGUCCUUAUUGGAUAGAAUUUUUCACGCUUGGACAAGCGUAUUUCUCUCACGUUUAUGGUUGUUAUGGAUCGAAACAAUGGGUAAAAGGAAAUUGGACAAAAUACUUGUCGAAUUAACAAAGAACUCGAACGACGACUAUCUUUCUACAAAAAGAAGUGUUCAGCAAUAUUUUCUAACAUCGCAAGCCGUAUACUCCAUCGAAUUGAAUGCACAUUCAUUGAUCUAUUUGGUAUUAUUAGUAAUCGAAGGCAAAUUACCGGAGGAGGUAUUAGGAAUCGAUCGUUUUCAUUCGCAAACUUGCGAAGCUAUCUUUCGCUCUGCUCGAGCGUUGUCAUCCAAUUCUUCAUCCGGUAUGAAUUUUACGACUUCACAGUUUCUGAAUCUGAUCGAAAAAUUAUCAUUGUUACAAAAGAUUAAACAUCAACAUGAACAAACAACGUUUCCUGUAUUGCGGUUUCCAGUUCAUCAUAAAAACAAAUAUUCUUAUCCAUCGUCUGCGCAGAGCACUGCUUUAAAACUGCCUACACAAGCGGAAAUCGAGCAAACGGUUAUUCACGCAUUCGAAAAAGCGGCAAGUUAUCUUGAACAAGUUGGCAUAAUGAACGACUUAAAAAAAAAUCAAUUGAACGGUAUGAUUAACCUUAAUAAUCGUGCUCGAACACUAUUUGAAGAUCAAGGAAUACUCGAUCAUUUUUCUCAAGAAACCAGCGAUGACGAGAAUGACUCCACAGUACAUGCAUCGGAAACUUCUCAAGAAAAUGAUGAUUUCGAUCCGGUACCAUACCAUAUUGAUUCUGAUAGUUCAGAACUAACUUUUCAAACAGUACGUGUAUGUGAUCAUGUCCCACCCCAUUUAUUAUCAUCAUAUUUCAAAGUACAUAUCGGCAACAAUAAUAAGUUUAUUCACAAGUCUACUGCAAGUUGGGUUUUAACCGAGCAAAAUCAAAAACUGUCCGCCGACCGAACACGACGAGUAACAGAAGCAAAAUAA